AUGUGUACUGACACAUUUAGCAAUAAUAUUCUGAUGUGGGGGAACAUUUUUUAUUUCAACAUUCUCACGAUAACAAAUGAUCAACCACGCCCGCCGAACGCCUACGUGAUCUUCUCUAAUGAAUGGAGAAAGAAACUGGCUGUCCUGUAUCCUGGGGAACGAAAUGAGCAAAUUAGUGUGAGACUUGGCUACAUGUGGAGGGACAUUGACGUGGAGCACAAGGAAGAGUAUUAUGCACGAGCCCGCCAGGCGGACGCGGAACAUAAGAAGAAAUAUCCUGAUUACGUCUACAACCCACUAGAUGCCUGCAACCAGAAGCGUCUUUGGGAUCAGGCCCGUGCUAAGAAAUUGCGGCGAACAAGACGCCAGUUAGCGAAGCGACGCGUCACGACGGCGCAGACUAUCAGCGCCCGUCCCCUGCCUGCCCAAGAACAGGAACAUCAACAAGGAGGAUUCACAGGCGGACAAGGUGUCGCUUCAUCAAUGGCAAGUCGUCGUCGUAGUCGUAAAACGCAGAAGAAAACAUAAGCUGGAAGGGCAACGUUGCCAAACAGAGUUUUGAGCAGAUUCACGAACCUGUUUCAUUUCAAACAUAAAUUAGCCAAAUUAACUCGUUUAAAAUCUUUGUAUCCACAUAUAGCCGCUCAGUAAUAAGAGCUUCGCUCCUUGGUAAUCACUUGACUCUCUUCAGGGGUGUUAACGGUAUGUAACUCCCGACAACGAGAAGCUUCCUUUAUCGCUGAAUAUAAUACUUUAUCUAUACACAAUUUAAUUAUUUAAGAAUAAAUACAGAUGUGCAGAUGAUAA